GGCAAAAGCAUGAGCAGCGAGCUCCGACGGCGCAAGACGCCGCUGCAAGUCGAGACCAGCGAUGCGCCGCUGACACCGACCAAGUCGAGCGCGUCGCCAGCGACGGUCUCUGUCGGCAACGCCUUCCGCGCCAGCCGCGAACACGGCUACGAUGGGCUGCUCCUCUUCAAAGAAGAGCCACGUCAGUUCCUCUUUCUCUUCCUCGUCGUCGUCGCCGUCGCGCACUACUCGUUCACGCACGACUCGGACGACUUUGAGCUCAACGUCCGCAACGGGCUCUGGUCGGCAAGCUUUAUCUUCCUCGCCUACUGCUUUCUCCAGACGCGCGACGGUCUCCUCGUGCGCCCGCAUCCUGGCGUCUGGCGCAUCGUGCACGGUCUCUCGGUGUUGUACCUUCUUUUGCUGGCGGCCUUGUCGGUGCAAAACCUGGCGUCGGCGACCGCGGCUAUCCGCGUGCUCUUUCCCGAAGUGGGCACGAAGGCCACGGCCAAGCCGUCCGCGCCACUGAACUGCGAGAUCAAUUCGACGACCUUGUAUCGCGGCGUCUCGAGCAUCUGGUUCCUCGCGCACGUCACGGGGUGGUGGGGCAAGAUGUGCAUGUUUCGCGACUGGCGCUUUUGCUGGGUCCUUGCCAUCGCGUUUGAGCUCCUCGAGCUCAUCUUCCAGUUUGUGAUCCCCGACUUUCGAGAGUGCUGGUGGGACUCGCUCUUCAUGGACCUCUUUGGCGCCAAUUUUAUUGGCAUGUGCCUGGGCCGCCUCACGCUCAAGUACCUCGAGACCAAGGAGUACGACUGGUCUGGUAACAAGGGCGACAAGCGGGGCUAUGUCCGACGCGCGCUCAGCCAGUUCACGCCCUUUAGCUGGUCGCGUUACGACUGGGAAGUGUUCUCAAGCUUCAAGCGAUUCGCGCUGGUCGCGGUCGCGGUCUUUGUGUGCCUCCUUGUCGAGCUCAACGCGUUCUUCCUCCUGAGCACGCUCAGUAUUCCAAAGGAGAGCCAUAUCAACAAGUACCGGCUCUGCCUCAUCUUCAUGCUGGGCCUCCCCGCGGCCUCCGAGUACUUUGAGUUUAUCACCAACCCGGCGUGCUGGCGCCUCGGCCAGAACGCGUGGAUGAUGUGCAGCAUCGGCGUCUUUGAGGUCCUCGUCUGGGUCAAGUUUGCCGACGGCCUCGUUGGCACGUCGACGCCGCCGCCGGACGUGUACCUCCCGCUCUUGGCCUUUAGCGCGCUCUUCUCGCUCUGGAUGCUUCUCUUCUUUAGCCAGCGCAAGACCGACAAGCCGUCGACGCACCGCCUCACGCUCCUCGACGUGCUCUUUUACAUCUCGUUCACGCCGCUUCUGUAUUUGACCAAGCAGUGGGCGUACUGAGCGCAAGCCGCCGCAGUCGACUGCGGGCAUAGAUGAUGCAAAUGUACAUGCAGCCACGCGUUAGCUCUGCUUCCUCCUACGAUGCUAUUGCAGUCUGUGCAAAUGCAUAGAUCUAUGGUCAUGCUACUGCA